AUGAAUGCCCAGAAGUUUAAGGUGGAGCUGGAUCCACCUGCUGUGCUUCGUCCCCGGCCACUCUGGUCCGGAAAGCAGGUCUUGAGCAUGCUGCUGAAGCAUCUCAUCAAGGUCUGCUCCGAAGGGAAGGAGGCAGAUACAUCCAAGGGGGUCAACUUGGACGGGAAGAGCAAGACGCCCGGAGAUAUCUGGAAUGGGAGGUUAGAUGGGGACAAGGAGGAGGCCACCGUGACUUUUCGCGGAUCCGAUCUCCUGCAGGGAGUCCUGGACAAGGCAUCCUUCGGUGCUGAGACGGCCGGAAUCACGCACAUGUGCUUCGAGCUCAUGGGUGGCCGGCUUGUCAGUCUCUGGCUGUCCGGGAUCGCCAGGCUCUUCACUCUGCUGUUGCAGAUGCGGGGCUUCACCUGCGCCUACGAAGACCUGGUCCUCAGACCGGAAAUCGACGAGAAGAGGACGGAGCUGGUCAAGGGAGCGCGGUUGGCCGCAAAGGAGGUGGCUGAACAGUGGAUCCACAAGCAUGGUGCAGGCGAAGAGCUGCCAGUGAACCCCACGCCAAGCGCACUUUCAAAGGCAUCCAAACAUCUGUUUCAGCAGAAGGAGACCGUGGAGCACUUUGAGGGCUUGAUCAUUGGCAAGAUGAAGGAGUUCUGGUCCGGCAUGAUCAACAAGUGCAUUCCCAUUGGACAGCGGCUCCCGGUUCCCCGGAACUGCUUUGCAUCCAUGGUGCAGACGGGAGCCAAAGGGUCCAAAGUCAAUCAGUCGCAAGUCAGCUGCUGCUUGGGACAGCAGGAGCUGGAGGGUCGCCUUCCACCCCUGAUGACGACGCAGAGGUCCCUGCCAUGCUUUGCCGUGCGUGAUCUCUCCAACCGAACCCGAGGCUACAUCGCUGACCGAUUCUUGACGGGCAUUCGACCGCAGGAGUUCUUCUUCCACUGCAUGGCCGGGCGAGAAGGUCUCGUGGACACUGCUGUGAAGACGUCACGCUCAGGCUAUUUGCAGCGAUGCCUCGUGAAACAUUUGGAGGCACUCAAGGUGAGCUAUGAUCAUACCGUGCGCGACAGUGAUGGCUCCGUCCUGCAGUUUCUCUACGGAGAGGACGGCGUCGAUGUCACUCGGGCAACGUACCUUUUCAAGUUCGACGAGCUGCGGUCCAACUUCCACUUCUUCGCGCAACCUGUGAAGAGCAAACUACAGCAGAUGAGCCAAAGCAGCCAAGCUGUGGAUAUCCAGUGUGCGCGCCUCUUCUUGGCCGCCAGACAGGCAGCCAAAGAUGGCAACCUCCCAAAGGCACUCGAGGCCGUGGAGGCAUUGCUGAACUUGCAGACGGAGUUAGACUCCUGCUCUUUGCUUUCCUUGAAGGCGCUGCGCAAGAAGCUGCGGAGCCACAUCAAGAAGGGCACUGCAGCUGAGUGUGACCGCCUAUUCGAUCCCAUUUCUGCAGUGCUGGGGCCUUCGCACUAUUACGGAGCGACAUCGGAGAAGCACGAGGAAGCACUGCAGAAGUAUCUCAAGCAGAGCACAGAGAGCGGACAGAUGACCAGCAAGGAGGCAAAGCACUUCGAGCGUGCAAUGCAUCUGAAGUUUCAGCGCACGCUGGCCGAGCCUGGCGAAGCGGUUGGUGUCAUUGCGGCGCAAAGCAUGGGAGAACCGAGCACCCAAAUGACGCUCAACACCUUCCACUUGGCAGGACAUGGAGGUGCCAACGUGACUUUGGGAAUCCCACGGCUUCGCGAGAUCAUCCAAACGGCCUCAAGGAGCUGUUCAACACCGCUGAUGACUGUGCCUGUGCUGAGCGCGGGUCCCGACGGGAAGCCUGCGUCGCUCCAGCAGCGAAUUGCCGAGACCUGA